AUGGCCGACCUGUACCUUGGCGAUGUCGUCGUCGGAACCAGAGUCAUGCAGUACGAUCUGGGGAAGAGACACACAGCGGGACAGUUUCAGUCAACAGCCGUCGCCAAGAUUCCUUCGUUACGACUACGUUCUGCCAUCACGGAUUUACAAGCAAGCCAUAGGCUACAGCCAGGCGUAAACAACGGGGCUGCAAUCUCGAGCCUUAGAAUGGUUCGCAUCCUACAUGAAAGGCUGCAGAACCAUCCGCGCCCAACUCAGCCUGAUCACCUUUUCCAAGCAGCAUAUGAACAUCCAGCCGAUUCACCAGAUUGCCACGAUUGCGACUUGGGGAAAUUACAAAUGCGCGGCAAGCGUGAUAUCCAGGACCCCAUAAUUCACUAUGGGGUCAUCGCGUCAGGGAACAGUGUCAUCAAGGACGGGAAGACUCGAGAUGAUAUUGCUAGACAUUUAUCGGCAAUGUGCUUCGAGAUGGAGUCCGCUGGCAUGAUGGAUAACCUGGAAUGCUUGCCGAUUCGAGGAAUCUGCGAUUACUCUGAUUCGCACAAGAACAAAGGUUGGCAAGACUAUGCUGCCCGCGACCGCGGCCGCAUAUGCGAGAGAAUUGGUAGAGAGACUUCCUGUAUGGCGUAG